GCAGACACACGCUCACCAGCGGACUCCAGUAAACGACCAGUCUGGAGUUACAAAGCAGCCUGGGCUGUGCCGUGCUGGGAGUCUCGCAUCUCGUCCGGACGGAUCGGAUUGUGGAUAUACUGCUUGGCGGCACUUUGCUGGAUUUGCUUUUCUUGUUGAAGCCGCUCAGAUGUUAAGCUCUCUGGCCGAGGCUUGGCUCCCAGGUGCUGCUGACCGGACUACCGAUGCAUUCUUCUGACUGGCGCUUCUUCUUAUUCCCCUUCCCAGCUUGGGACGCAGCAUCUAUUUACUGUGCAAGUGAGCUUCGCGUCCAGGAGAUCCCGGGGUCCCUCGGCUGAGGGGGAAACAGAUACGCAUCGCACGACAUUACACACCGGAGGAUUUUGUUCUCCCAUGCGCCUUUGGACAUUGAGUAUCAGUUUGAAAAACAUCUCCAGGAUCCGGGGCAUAAGAUGGAUGAUUAAAUGCAUGCUGACCAGUUUUCUGAGAGGACAGCUGGUCUGAAUGGGACCGAUUUAAGGAACCGUUACUGGAACGGCAUCUAAAAUGAAGUUAUGGGACAUUCUGGCCCUGUGUGUGUCGCUGGGCGCAGUGUCCGCCAGACCUGCCAGGCAUCGCCUGCCAGCAGAAAAUCACCUUCAGGUCCUGGAGCUGAAACCUGAGAGAGGACAUCUGGCGAUGGAGGGUACCUGGUCCGAGUACCAGCAGCGAGGUCAGGAGAACCAGCAAGAACCGGCCUCCUCCAAACUGAUCUCAACCAGUCCGCUGUACCCGGGGCAGCUGGAGGACGUGGUGGAUUUCAUUCAAACCACCCUCAGCAGACUGCCCCGCUCCUCUGAGUGGGAUGAGCGCACCUGGGCCAUUGGGCAGCGUGGCCGGCGGAGGGGUGGAGCCAACCGAGAUGGAAAGGGACGAAUCAGAGAGGAGAAAAAGAAAGGGCGGGGCCAUGGAAGGAACAGGAGGCGGGGUCAGGGGCAAAUGGGGGGUGGUGGCAGUGGCUGCGUGCUGAAGCAGGUUCACCUGAACGUGACGGACCUGGGGCUGGGCUAUCGGACUAAAGAGGAGCUGUUGUUCAGAUACUGCAGUGGGCCCUGUGCGGAUUCAGAGACCAACUACGACAAGAUCCUGAGCAACCUGAGCCACAACAAGAAGCUGACCCCGGACAGCCCGGCUCGUACCUGCUGCCGGCCCAUCGCCUUUGACGACGACCUCUCCUUCCUGGACGACGAGCUGGUCUACCACACGCUGAAGAAGCAUUCCGCCAGGAAGUGUGCCUGCAUCUGACCUGCGGCUGGCCAGUGCGCACCGUUCAUAACCAAGGCUGCUGCUAUCUUUCUUGUGAGAAAAGGAACAACCAAUUACACCACCUGUAGGGGGCAGCGCAUGUCCCUGGACAGAACCCCCGGAUAUGGAAUGUGUUUCAGCUGCAGUGUCGGCACGGAGGAGAUGAGAUGAAAGGACAGCAGAAACGUCACACACACCUACCCUGAAGAGGGUGCUGAGGGAUUAUUGGAUUGCACCUGUUGAGAAUCAUGCAGCACCGAACGGAUCUGUUUACACGUGCGGUCAUUCUGAACUCACCAUAAAAAUCCAACUCCGAUACAGCAACUCCAAUUCCUACCUACAAAAAUAUAUAAAUAUUUAUUUUAUUUA